UUAGUUUGCAAUAUCUAUUCCUUCUUCUCUAAUCUUCUACUCUUCCAUGAUGUUUUUCUGCUGAAAGAUUGGUCAUUUUCAAUGGAGAACAAUAGUAAGAUUCUGAUAAUUGGAGCAACAGGGUUUGUGGGAAAACUCAUGGUGGAAGCAAGUGCUAAAGCUGGUCACCCCACCUUCGCCCUGGUUCGAGAGUCAACUCUUUCUGAUCCAUCAAAAUCAUCCAUCAUUCAAACAUUCAAAACCUUGGGUGUCAACCUGCUUUUGGGAGAUAUUCAUGACCAUCAGAGUUUGGUUAAGGCGAUAAAGAAGGUGGAUGUGGUAAUAUCUACUGUGAAUCACAGGCAGUUACAAGAUCAAUAUAAGAUCAUUUCGGCUAUUAAGGAAGCCGGAAAUGUUAAGAGGUUCUUUCCUUCGGAGUUUGGAAAUGAUGUGGAUCGAACUCAUGCUGUAAAUGAAGGACACGAGCUAUUAGACAAAAAAGUUAAAAUUCGUCGAGCCAUUGAGGCUGAAGGAAUUCCUCAUACCUAUGUUGUGGCUAACUUUUCCACUGGACACUUCCUACCCACUUUGUCAGAACUUCGUUUGAUAAAAACACCACUUGAUAAGGUUGUUAUUCUUGGGGAUGGAAACACCAAUGUUGUUCUUAAUAGGGAAGAAGAUGUUGCCACUUACACCAUUAGAAGUGUNGAUGAUCCAAGAACCUUGAACAAAAUUCUCUAUGUCCGACCACCAGGUAACACCUUGUCGUACAAUGAUCUGGUAUCUCUCUGGGAGAAGCAUCACUGUGAAACUCUUAAAAGAGUCUAUGUCUCGGAAGAGAAAGUUUUGAAGUAUAUUAAAGAAUCUUCAUACCCCAUCAACACGGGUCUGUCAAUUUGCCACUCUGCAUAUGUGAAGGGAGAUCACACUAACUAUGAAAUUAAGCCUUCAUUUGGAUUUGAAGCUUCAAAGCUCUACCCUGACGUUAAGUACACAACUUUAGACGAGUUCUUCCAUCAUAAUGAUUCCUGCACGCCAUUUUACUUGAACCAACUUAUAACCUUUAAUGAUGUAUAGAGUCUUACUUCUAGUAUAUUUAUCUGCAAGUGUUGGUUUUGCUUAAAGAUGCAUAAAACAGAGUUAGAAUCUCUUUUUCUUCUUGUCAAACUUAGUUCUCUAAAUAAAGAAACGUGUGGAGAUAUUAAAGAUAUUCUAGUUCUGUCACAUGUCUUGUAAUAAAAUCAGUGUUUGUAAUUGUUUAUUGUUACCUUUUUU